GCCAACUCCUCCCACACCACUCCGUUCAUGUCAGCUCACCGCCUCCCGCUCCGCCGCAGGCCAGACCUGAGCGCGCCAGAAGUCUGGCCCGCAGACACCGUCGUGCGCCUCCAGUCCCUUGCCAAGAUCGUCAUCUACCCCCUCCUCCCUGUGUAUGCACUGCGAUGGCUUUUCAACCCGCGCGGCCAGAACCUGUGGACGUACCUCCUCUCACGGAUGGACGUGUGGCGCGGCUACCUCGUGCCACUCCUCACGCCGCCCGAGAGCAAGGAGCUGGCAGCGCGCCCCCUCCCCAAUUCGCUGCAGUAUAUCCCUUUCCCUGAGGGGAUCUGGGACGGCGCCCGCUGGGAGGUCGCAGACAUCCCGCCCGCGCCGAAGGACAUGAUGGGGCACCUCGUCGACGGGCCGGCAUGUGUCAAGCCCGCUACACGCCCCGGGUUUAUGCUUACUCCCCCGGGGGCGCGUGGGGCGGGUUUCUCGAAGGCGCAGCCCGGCGAGAAGAUCAUCCUCUUCAUCCAUGGCGGUGGUUACGUCAAGGGCCAUCCAUUGUGGACACCGUUUCCACUCAAGCUUGCCAAAGACCAUGCAGUGCGCGCGUUUCUGUGUAGCUACCGCAAGACGCUGUCGGACGACACGGCAUUCCCCGCUCCACUGCUCGAUGCGCUGGCAGCGUGGGCGUACGUAACACUGACGCUUGGGUUCGCGCCGGCCCAAAUUGUCCUUCUGGGCGACAGCGCGGGUGCGCACCUCUGCCUUGCACUCGUGCAGCAGCUGGCAGCGCUGGGGCGACCGCAGGCCGGCGCCCUCGCCAUGGUGAGCCCGUGGGCCGACUUCACGGCCAGCUUCCCCAGCUGGGCGAACGAGAGUGUCGACCACCUCUCGCGUCGUUUCCUGCUCGCGGCGAUCUGUGCCGCGGCCCGACACUACGCGCCCGAUGCGAUCCCCGAUCCCCUCUUCUCGCCUGCCCUCGCCCCGGAAGGCCACUGGGCUUGCCUGUGGGCCACGCGCGUGCUCGUCAGCGUGGGGACGUACGAGGUGUUCGCCGACGAGGAUUAUGCUUUGGUCGAGGGGAUGCGGCGAGAUGGUGUUGACGUCACUCUGUUUGAGGAUAUCCAUGGGCUGCAUGAAGGACCGGUUACGCUGUGGUCGCCUGGAGCAUACGAUUGCUUCAGUGCAGGGGUUGGGGUUCUGUUGAGAUCACCGCAAGGACGGUAAGUAGACGGUAGACGGUAGACGGUUGCGGCCGGAUGUGCCUUGGAGGAGGCACGGGUUUAGUAACCGCCGAGGCCGCAUUUCAAUCUGCACGAUCGCAAGAGUUGAAUGAGAAUGCGUCAGCAGGUCAGUAUCACAGCUCUAAUACGGUGCAGAGAACGAAGAGAGCGAUGACGUGGG